AUGUCGGGUUUUGAUGUUGGUGCUGUAUAUCAUUCGGACAGUCUCUUUGGACAAACAACCGAUCAUGAUAACUUUGCUAAUUUUCAGCAGGCUAAACGAAAAUUUAAGGAGUUUCUUCGUCAGUAUAAUGUUGGAGGUUUGUCUUUCACCUACAGGGAUCAACUUAAGCAAAACUGUGCCCUUCGAAUAUAUAACUUAAAUCUUAAAAUGCAGGACUUAAAUAAUUUUGAUGGCUACCUCGCCCAGGAACUUAUUCAGCGCCCCGCCGAUUACAUUGCAACGUUUGAGGAAGCAGCGACUGAAGUCGCUAGUGAGAUAAUGAAGUCUUCCAUGGCUCCUGAUGAUUCAUUGCCUUCAAUACAGUUGAUGUUGGACUGGGAGGCAUCACCUGUUAACUUAAGAGAACUGCGUUCUGACCUGGUCUCGAAGCUAGUCAAAAUAAGUGGAAUUGUUGUGUCCGCCUCGAGCAUCAAAGCUAAGGCUUUUCGUCUAACGUUGCAGUGUCGUGGCUGUCGCCAAUACCUGCCUAAUAUUCGCGUGCGUCCCGGAUUUGAGGGAUAUAUGCUUCCUCGCAAAUGUCCCACUUCCCAAACCGGUGGCGUCGGCGUAACUUGUCCAAUAGACCCAUACUUCAUAGUUCCCGACAAGUGUAAGUGCGUCGAUUAUCAGGUGCUGAAACUGCAAGAAGCUCCUGAUUCCGUUCCUCAGGGCGAAAUGCCCCGACAUAUGCAACUUUAUGUUGACAGGUAUAUGGUCGAACAAGUUGCUCCGGGCAACAGGAUUACAGUCGUUGGGGUAUAUUCAAUUCUAACGUCGCCUCUUAACAAGCCGAGGUCUGGUGCACAUGAGCGCGUUAAUGUGGGUGUCCGGACAUCAUAUAUCCGUGUUUUGGGCUUGACUCUCAAUACAGAGGGGCCGGGACGCAGUGGAGUGUUUUCUGGUGGCAAGUUGGCUACCACAAAAACUUCAACAAUCACUGAAAACGAGGAAGAAGAGAUGCGAAAAUUGGCAAGCACGCCGAAUAUUUACGAGCUUGUUUCACGGAGCAUUGCACCAUCCAUAUAUGGUAGUACAGAUAUCAAGAAAGCCAUCGCUUGCCUUCUCUUUGGUGGAUCCCGUAAGCGAUUGCCAGAUGGACUUUGUCGUCGCGGUGACAUAAAUCUUCUGCUUCUUGGUGACCCUGGCACGGCUAAAUCACAACUACUGAAAUUUGUGGAGAGAUGUGCUCCCGUUGGCAUCUACACUUCUGGUAAAGGCAGCUCGGCAGCGGGUCUCACUGCAUCAGUCAUCCGUGACCCUGCUUCUCACAAUUUUGUAAUGGAAGGGGGCGCUAUGGUGCUCGCCGACGGGGGUGUUGUGUGCAUCGAUGAAUUUGAUAAAAUGCGCGAGGACGAUCGCGUGGCUAUUCAUGAGGCAAUGGAACAGCAAACUAUCUCGAUUGCCAAGGCAGGUAUAACUACGUCCCUCAACAGUCGUUGCUCGGUGCUUGCAGCUGCCAAUAGCGUGUAUGGUCGCUGGGACGACACAAAGGGCGAAAGCAAUAUCGAUUUCAUGCCUACGAUUCUAUCGCGUUUUGACAUGAUAUUUGUCGUCCGUGAUGUGCACGAUGCAACUCGUGAUAGCAUCUUGGCGCAUCAUGUAAUGCAGGUUCAUUUGCACGGCAAUGAUGCUUCAGCCAACAUUGGGUCUUCAGGGGACAAAUCGACCUCCGAUGAAAUUCCGCUUUCUAAGCUGCGUCGCUUCAUUGCCUACGCUCGUGAACGCUGUGGCCCUCGACUCUCCCCUGCUGCUGCCGAAAAGCUAGCCAAUCAAUAUGUUCUCAUGCGUUCCGGAGCCAGUCGUCACGAACAGCAGACUGGAAAGCGUUGUGCCAUUCCCAUAACCGUGCGUCAACUCGAGGCCAUUGUUCGUAUUUCUGAGUCCUUGGCAAAGAUGCGUCUGGAGCCCUUUGCCACCGAAGCCGACGUAGAAGAAGCGUUGCGACUUUUCCAAGUCUCCACCAUUGAGGCUUUCAUGACCGGGAGUCUCGAGGGAGCUGAAGGAUUUACCAGCCAGGAAGAACACGAUCUUGUUGUGCGUGUCGAAAAGCAGCUAAAGAAACGCUUUGUCAUUGGCUCCCAGGUCUCAGAGCACGCUAUUCUUCAGGAUUUUACUCGUCAGGGAUUUUCGGAGAAAACGGUGGCCAAGGUCCUAUAUUAUAUGAUUCGUCGCGGGGAGAUUCAAUACAGGAUGCAGCGUCGAAUCCUCUACCGAGUCAAAUAG